AAAUCUUAAAGUAUUUAAUUUUUGCGUAAUACAAAAUUCUCCGCUAGUUGCUGAAAAUACCGGCCUCCUUAUCCAACAACACCUGGCUACUGUUCCAAACGAUGAACCCGACUUGUGGCCGAUAACCAACGCCAUGAACUGACUCCCUCCCUCCCUCCACCCAUUUCCCUCAACUCCAUGACUAGCCUCACCACCAUUCGCAUGGCUACUCUCACCAUCAACAACACCACCACAAGAAUCAAACUCCCAUUUCACUCCAUCAAAACCCCACCUCCCUUCUUCACAAAAUUACCCAUUCGACCCCUCACUGUUCGACCCAAUUCGCUUUCCGAAAGCUCGGUUUCAUUGCCCGUAGGACCGGUUGAUGCUGCUGAAGAAGAAGUUGAUGAUCCCACUGCAGAAUUGAGUUAUCUUGACCCGGAAACCGACCCGGAGAGUGUUACAGAAUGGGAGUUGGAUUUUUGCUCCAGACCUAUACUGGAUAUUAGAGGGAAGAAGAUUUGGGAGCUUGUAGCUUGUGAUAGUUCUUUAUCUCUUCAGUAUACUAAGUAUUUUCCUAAUAAUGUUAUUAAUAGUGUUACUUUGAAGGAUGCAAUUGUGUCCAUUUGUGAUGAGUUGGAUGUGCCUAUACCCGAUAAAAUCCGAUUCUUCAGGUCACAGAUGCAGACCAUUAUCACUAGAGCCUGUAAAGAGCUCGGUAUUAAACCGAUUCCUAGCAAACGGUGUCUGUCUCUCCUUCUUUGGCUGGAAGAACGGUAUGAAACGGUAUAUAAACGGCAUCCUGGUUUCCAGAAAGGAUCUAAACCUCUUCUUGCACUCGAUAACCCUUUUCCAAUGGAUCUUCCCGACACUUUGUAUGGAGAAAAAUGGGCUUUUGUUCAGUUACCUUUUUCAGAUGUUAAGAAGGAGCUAGAGACGCUAGAAAAAUCAUUUGCCUUUGGUGCAACUCUGGAUUUGGAUUUACUGGGGAUAGAAAUCGAUGACAAUACGCUGAUUCCUGGAUUAGCUGUUGCAUCUUCACGGGCAAGGCCGUUGGCAGCUUGGAUGAACGGUUUAGAAGUGUGUUCAGUUGAAGCUGACUUGGCCCGUGCUAAUUUGGUACUAUCUGUCGGUAUUUCGACCCGUUAUGUUUAUGCCUCGUAUAAGAAAUCACCCGUGACUACAAGCGAGGCUGAAGCUUGGGAAGCUGCAAAGAAAACAAGCGGAGGUUUACAUUUUCUAGCAAUCCAAGAUAGCUUAGAUUCUGAUGAUUGUGUGGGGUUUUGGUUGUUAUUGGACCUGCCACCAUCACCUGUGUAAUUUUUAAGUAACGUGAGUACAUAAUGUGCUCGUCGACGAAAGCUCUCUAUUAAGUUUCGUGCCAUCUACUUAAAUGACUUGUAUUGUACAUACCAUGAUGAGCACUGGUUCGACCUCUGAAUGGGUCAAAUUGGAAUCUGAUCACUGCAUUUGAAUGAGCAGUUGGGUUAUCAUAUAGCUGUGUAUCAAAACUGCAGAAAUCAACCUUUAUGUUAUA